ACUUGCCCUGCCCCGUGACGUCACGGCAGGCCCCGCCCCCAGCGGCCAGAGACUCCCGACACCACUGCGGCUGGCUCGCGCCCCGGAAGCUGCCCCUUCCCGGGGUCAUGAUGGGCAGCAAGAUGGCGUCUGCUAGCAGGGUAGUUCAGGUAGUCAAGCCACAUACACCAUUAAUAAGGUUCCCUGACAGAAGAGACAAUCCUAAACCCAGUGUAUCAGAAGCUUUGAGAUCAGCAGGGAUCCCAUCUCACUCUUCUGUAAUUUCACAGCAUUCUAAGGGAAGUAAAUCACCAGAGUUGCUGAUGCAUCCGGGUCCACCAGACACUGCAGAAAUACUAAAAACGCUACCUCAGAAGUACAGAAGGAAACUUAUAUCUCAAGAGGAAAUGGAGUUUAUCCAACGUGGAGGUCCAGAAUAAUGAUUGUGGCUGCUAUUUGUCAUCAGGCAAAAGAAUUAUCUUUACAAUAAAGGACUUCCAAAAUGACAUAUGAAAAGUUGUAUGUUAAACAACCUUAAUAAAUCUUCUGCAAAGAGGGCUGGGGAUUUAGCUCAGUGGUUCCGGCGCCUGCCUCGAAAGUGCAAGGACCCGAGCUCAAUCCCCGGUACCAAAAAAAAAAAAAAAUCUUCUGCAAAAAGAAAAAAAGAAACAUAGAAAAUUUAGAUGGAUACUUGUAUCUUCUAAUUUAUGUAUCUUGGUCAGCUUCCCCACAAGCUUACCUAAUUGUUUAUACACAUUAUACUUAUUAAAGUAUACAUUUGAAAAUGUUAGCCUAUUAAAUUACUCUUGACAAACUAGGAAAAGCACACCAUCUAUAGUAAACUAUAGAUUUCCUAUGAUCUCACUUUCUGAUUCUGUUUAGAAAUAGAAAAAACUUACUAGAUAGAAUUACUCCAUUAGGGAAGUAGUUUUCCUGAAAUUAGAUGAGAAUCAGUAAAAUAACUACAUUAUUCUUACUUCUGCAAUGUUUAUUCAUUCACAAGGUUACUGGAGUAAACUGGCUUAAUAAGCAUAUCCUAUUGUAAAUGACUGAAAAGUAUAUAACCAAUGACUGGGAUUAAGACAUGGAAGACAAUUCAAAAAGAUGUAUUUGUAGCCUUUAUUGAGGAAAAAAAGUAUAAAAUAGAAAAUAAAGAGAUUAAAAUGAA